UGGUCUACCGACCUUCCGUUCUCCAGACUCGUAGAGAGAGACAUAUUUAUCUAGGCACCCCCUCGUCACAUACAACAUUUGUGCGAGAUACAUAGAACAGAUCAAUAGAAUGGUGAACUCGAUCGCAAACGUAGCUCUGGUCGUCAAAGACUACGACGAAGCAAAAGACUUCUACAUCAACAAGCUUGGCUUCACUUUAGUCGAGGACACUACACUAAGCCCUGAGAAGAGAUGGGUUGUGAUACGCCCACGUGGUGCAGAGGCCAACACCAGUACGUGUUUACUACUAGCUAAAGCAGUGGGCGAUGAACAGCUUGCUUGUGUGGGGAACCAGGCUGGUGGACGUGUGAUGUUGUUUCUCAACACAGACAACUUCUGGGAAGACUACCAUGAGAUGAAGGAGAAAGGCGUGGAGUUCCUGGAGGAGCCCAGAGUCGAGUCGUAUGCUACAGUGGUCGUGUUCAAGGAUCUGUAUGGGAACAAAUGGGAUUUUAUACAGAGAAAAUAAGCUGAUGUAAAACUGUAAGAACCGAGUCGUAGGAUUGAAUAUACAUAUAAAUGUUAGAUGCAAGCCAAUGGAUUUGAGCAGGAAAAGGUGCAACUGUGAGAUUUCACGCUGGGCUAUGACUUUUUGAUGAUCCCGUGAGAAGUGGGUGGUUAACACUCCAUCCUGCUAUGAUGUAUACUAUCAUCAGCGCAAUCUGAGGCAAUUAAUUUAGAUUGUUUGGCUUAAGUGUCAUAGUCCGAUGAUGCGAAGGUGUAUUGCAUUGAUUUGUAUAACGACCACUCCGCAAUCACGGAUCUAGUACAGAACGUCUAUGUUAGCCAUUGCCUUUACUAUUGAACGUACUCCACCUGCAAGCCUGCAUACGAAAUAAAAUAUUCGUUCCAGGUUUCUGUGCGAAUUUCAAGAUUUCAGAGAAACUGCAAGUAGGUGGCUGGCAGAUUUGUCAAAUCCAAUUUACUUUUAUGCUAAAACGAUUCGUAUGAGCCGGCCAAGAUUCGGAGACGAUCAGGGUUCGAGAUGGAGGCUAUUUGGUCUACAAUUUUAAGCAAAGUACUUCGGCACCAACUUAGCCUCGGGUAGAAUCUCAAUGUGAGCACAAGCUGAUUGGUUUCAGGGUGCACUGAUUUGCGCAACGAUAUGCACGUGCAAGCGAAGGCUGCACUCACAUCGGUGUGCCGUAAUAAAUUCGGUUGUUCAAGUAUCGCAGCGGCCCGUACACAUAUAUUUUAUUAUAUAUUGUCACGUUCCAUAUCGUCAAUCACAGGAAGACUCCGCACAGUCCACAACUUAAACAGUAAAACGUGCCAGAAACUACAGUAGUACUUCUGGGUGAGCUUCAAGUACCAACUUCUGUUCAUCCAUAACAUAUAGUACCAAAUCUGAUCCCAUUAAUAUGGAACAGGAAUCUGUUCGUCGAGUUGUAUGUACACGUGCAACUGCAACUCUUGACGGUAAUUGCGCGGUGCCGAAAGGAGAAUCAGUGUGCGUUCUUAAUCGAUGUUUUGUUUUCUAUGGUCUCUGCAAGGAAACUUGCAACACGCAUAUAAAAUAUAGAAGAACUAAGCAUUUAUUAUGAGGACCAAGAAAAUGCCCUAAAUACGGAUAAAUGUCCAUUGACUGAUGUUUUCCAAAACUAUGUAAAUGAAUACGUACCUGCUAAAUACCACUCGGUAGUCGGUACUAUGUAAUAACUAUAUGUAGCCAGCAGCCAAAUAAAAAGUAGUGGACAGACAUUGACAUUAUGACAUAUACAUGGAUUUUUGAUUUUCAGGUUCC